ACUGCCAUCUCUGAUCCCUCUCAUCUUCAGUGUGACAUUUUCAGUCAUACCGAGACCUUUGAUAAAACAUUUCGUACUUAUAUAAAAAUCUUAUUUUCAGUAUUGAGGACUUUUUUUUUUUUUAACUGUUCUGGUGUUCAAACUGCUGAAGAAAAUGCUUCACCUGAUUUUUUUCCAGUUGUGCUUGUGGUGUCUAGUUGGCGUGUCUGGUGUUGAAGUAAAGUCAGUGACGGUGGGAGAUUCAGUCACUCUAUACAUACAGAGAGACGAUGAAAUCGAGUGGCGGUUUGGACCAACCAAAAUUCUCUUAGCUGAAGUCAAACAGAACAAUAUCUUCAUAUUUUAUAAUGAUAGUGCUGGUGGGAGAUUCAGAGGCAAACUGAACCUGGAUUGGACUGGAUCUCUGAGCAUCAUAAACACCAGCACCACAGACUCUGGAGAUUAUAUAGUAACCAGAACUAAAACAAGUGCUGUACUAUACACAUUCAGUCUUGGUGUCUAUGCUCCUGUUCCUGUUCCUGUCUUUAUAAGACACUCUCCACAGUAUUCAUCAUCAUCAGAAAGGUCAUCAAAAUGUCUGUUGCUGUGUUUAGUGUUCAAUGUGAGUCAUGUGACUCUCUCCUGGUACAAAGGAAACAGUUCAUUGUCCAGCAUCAGUGUGUCUGAUCUCAGCAUCAGUCUCUCUCUACCUCUGGAGCUGGAAUUUCAGGACAAUAAUCCCUACAGCUGUGCAGUGAAAAAUCACAUCAGCAACUACACCAAACAUCUGGACAUCACUCAAAUCUGUUCAGACUGUUCCACUUGUAGUUCUGCUGAAACUAUGAUUCGAUUGGGCCCCGCUUUUCUUCUGGGCGUGCUUGUGGGUGUCAUUCUGAUCUAUCUGGUUAAUGGAUGCAGAACCAGAAAUCAUCAACAGAAGAAAAGCAUGCAGAAAAGAGCAAUGGACACGGAUCUAACAUAUGCAGAUGUCCGUGGAGAAUUCCUUUGAGAAAAUAUUAUUUCAAACCGGUGGAAAAAAAAUCAUCAGGUUUGGAAGAAAAAAAAGCUAUUUUCUGUGCGAUACUUCAGAUUCAUUAGCCUAUCAUAGAUGAUCAAGAUGCAUUAAACAAACCAGUCUGCUUAUGAAAACAAUUAAAAAAAUAAAGGUUAGAAAAAUACAAGUCUGUAAUAACAAGCAGCAUAACAGAGUGUUUUUGUCCAGCUAAUAUAAGCUAAUAUAAGUAGGCUUGGCUGCAGCCUUGCACUUCGCACAUUCACAUUUAUACAAAGCAUCCGCUCUUACGUUACUUUUUUUUUCCCCUUUGCAAAGAAUAGUGCCUUGCUAACCCACUGCGAUCACUAUUAUUAAAAUGCUAGAUGAAUAUAUGGCUCUGUAUGUCUCUUUUAUUAACAUCUGUAAUCUCUCUCAAUGUGAUAGCCUACAAAUUCUUAAGAGUUGCUAUGCAAGAUCUAAUAUGAAAAA